AUGUUGGCUGUCAUCAACAUAGCCCUGCUUGAUUUUUCAGUACAAGAGAACGAUCCUGAACUUGCUCAUAAAACACAAGUGGUCCUCAAGCGUCUGCUACAGGCCCUCAAGCGUCUGCUACAGACUCUCAAGCGUUUACUACAGGCCCUCGAGCAUCUGCUACAGGCCCUCAAGCGUCUGCUACAGGCCCUCAAACGUCUGCUACUGGCCCUCAAGCGUCUGCUACAGGCUCUCAAGCGUCUCCUACUGGCCCUCAAGCGUCUGCUACAGACCCUCAAGCGUCUGCUACAGGCCCUCAAGCGUCUGCUACAGGCCCUCAAGCGCCUGCUACUGGCCCUCAAGCGCUUGCGACAGACUCCCAAGCGCCUGCUACAGGAUCAAUAUUCUGUUGUCAUCUUACGUUCUAAAGAACGUAAAGAAUUACUCAAGAGUCACUGCCGAGGGUACACAAAUGCCGAAGGUAUCUCCAACAAAGCGAGUGAGUUAAUUCAAAGAACCUGCGAGAUAGAUCUUUAUAUUAUAUCUGUGGUAGAGCUUAAACAUACCGAGAUGGCCACAGAUGUUUUCCAGAGGCCACCAGAUUCGACACGUCUGCUGUCCGGCGGAGGCGCCGGGCCGCUGGAGUUCUCGGAGCCUCGUUACUGCGCUGUUCUGUCUGAAGACUCCCACCUGGCGGCCACGGUCCUCACUGUCGCCGCCACGCACAGGCACGGUGCGGGCGUGCGGUACAGCAUCACGGGCGGUAACAAGGACGGACUCUUCACCAUCGACCAGCACUCUGGGGUCAUCACUCUGGCCGCCGCACUCGACUACGAGACCCACGACAAGCACGAGCUGGUGGUGGCUGCGGAGGCCGCCGGCGGCCACACCGUACACACCAUGGUACAGGUGCGAGUCGCUGACGUCAACGACAACCCGCCCUACUUCCUCAACCCGCAGCCGCAGGUCACCGUCGUUGAGGAGGACGACCGCCACCUCCCAGCGACCAUCGCUAAGGUGGAGGCGGUGGACAAGGACUGGAUGGAUCAUCACGGACUGCUCUAUACUGUCAGAGGCGACGGAGUUGAUGGUCACCCUCACGACGACGCCUUCUUCUCCAUCAACUCCCUCACAGGAGAGUUGAUCCAGUUGAGGGCUUUGGAUCGCGACCCGCCCCGGGGGAAGGAGGUGUGGAGGGUGAGGGUGCAGGUGCGGGAUGGCCAGGCCCUCUGGAGCAGACAGGCCAUGGACCAACUUCUCGCUGCCAAAUCCAACAACCAGGCCGACAACCACAUCGAAGGAGAAAAGCUAAAUGAAGAUGCCGGAGAGAAAUCUUCAUCACCGCAACAGAAUCUUAAGAUUCACACCAAAAGGAGGAGACGAAGGAAUAAAAAUAGCAAUGAUAAGUUAAACGAUGGAUAUUCCAUAGAAGGGGCCAUCAAGGAACAUUUAUCUCUGUCAGAUGGUAAACGCAGACACGCUGAGGCUGCUCAGUUACCCGAGCAGCAGCAGCAGACAGCAGACAUGAAAGAGGAAGCCUGGAUACGUCGAGAAGUUAUGCAGACCAAGUCAAACGGUAUUCAGAGAGGUGCGAACUUGAGUGCACGAAUACGCAUAAAUAAUGUCCAGGACAAUCACCAGGAUAUUGAUAGGACUGGCGUGACGAAGGCAGGAGCAGCCACAAGGACCGCUGCUGGGCACCACGACAGAGAAAAUGAUAACAUAAUUGGUCAAAGCUUUACAAAUAACCCUUAUAGUGAUCAGCUUCUCCACAAGUCAGAAUACAGCAACAUAAAUGGUGCUCUGCUGAUGAAAGAACAAGAUUCUGUCGUAGAACAAAAGAGUGACGAAUUAAAGUUAGGAAGACAUUAUAACCAAGGGGACAAACCAUCGCGUCCUGAAGCACAGAGAUUGGUAAUAUCUACCAGCCAAUUAGCACAUACUGCACGAUCAUACUUCAACAUGCUCUCUAACACACACACGAUAAAUGAUCAAUAUUCACACUCAGAAUCCAAUCAUCACGGUCAAAAAGCCUCCAUUAAGUCAGAGAAAUCGACGUCCUCCAUUCGUUACGAGACAGUGUUGACCACAGAACAGAAGAAAGCACCGAACUCAAGAAAUGUAUUUCGUCCAAAAUCAAAGGAGAGGGAGACGCGGGAUAUCACAGCAGCAGAGGAAAGUGCUGCAACAUUCUUACGCAAAUUCGAAGAUUUAACCCCACACCUGAGUGGCCAUGAAACAAACGUAAACGCUUACAAAGAUUUUCGACGCACGCACCGUAUCUCAAGCAAUAGCAGAACCAAUUUACGUAACCGUUCUCAAAUGGAAGAGACGAAGGAGUCAUUAUCCGCAGCUCUACGUACUCCGCUCAGCCUGGUAACCUCCAGAGGGAGAAGGUCGACGGGAGAACAGCACUAUGAGCUGGGCAGCUUCAGUACAGACAGCGGCUGUGACGACCCGGGGAGCAGCAGCAGCAGCAAGGCAGAGCCCACGGGGCGUCGUCUGGACGGCAGCAGUGUACAGGUGGUGGCAGGGUCGAGGGUCCACGUGGCGGAGACGGUGGUGAUGGUGGUGGUGAAGGAUAUCAACGACAACUCUCCCGUCUUCCCCAACGCCACCAUGUUCGGGGAGGUCCAGGAGAACGGCCCCAUAGACCUGUCAGUGGCCGUCAUCGCUGCCUGGGACGCUGACGACGUCUCUGAGGGCGCCAACGCCAGGAUCACCUACUCCAUUGCCAAGAACGUCGUCUACGAACCCACGGGCGAAGCCAUCUUUACCGUUGAACCCGACACUGGUCUCGUCCGCACCGCCAUCUGCUGCCUGGACAGGGAAACCACUCCAGAGUACGAGAUCCAGGUGGUGGCUGUUGACGGUGGAGGCCUCAAGGGGACGGGCGUGGUGGCGGUGCGGCUGGUGGACGUCAACGACAACUGUCCCAGACUGGAACACUCACUCUGGGACCUGGAGACCGACGAGACCCGGGGCCAAGGUCCCCCAGACAACUCCACCCUCCUCCACCUCUCCGUCCUCGACAGUGACACAUCCAACUACUUCUUCUACAGGGUGGUGGAGGCGAGUGGUUGGGGAUGGGAACACUUCGGCGUCAGGACGGUGGGCGCCGAAGGGCAGCUCUUCGCCAGACAGACGCUCGACUACGAGGACGAGACUCACCGCCGGGGUUUCCGGUUCAUGGUCCAGGUGACUGACAAGGGUCGCGGGGGGUGGAGGGACCCCCGUCACAUGGACGCCGCCUGGGUCACCGUCCGCCUGAGGGACCUCAACGACAACCCGCCUCACUUCCACCGUCUGCACGCCCACGUUACUGUCAAGGAGGAUGCCGCCCCCGGCACUCUCCUGGCCGCCCUCCCCGCCCACGACCCUGACAUGGGUGGAGAGGAGGGUGUGGAGUACCGUGUGGAGGGGGCGUGGGGCGCCCUCAGUGUGGACUCUGAGGGAGGAGUGAGCUUGCGUCGCGCCCUGGACCGCGAGGCUCCGGACGGAGCUAUAGGCGUAGCCAAGAUCGUGGGCGUGGACCACGGGCGGCCGCCCCUCACCGCCACUGCCACCCUCACCAUCACAGUCACCGACGUCAACGACAGUCCGCCCGUCCUCCUCCCGCCCACACUCUUCCAUGUGACCGAGGGCGCCGCGCCCACGCUCCUGGGCGCCCUCACUGCCACCGACCACGACGUGUGGGCGUUGGGGCACGGCCCGCCCUUCAACUUCUCCUUGGCGCCCACAAACCCCGCCCACGUCCUCGCCCACAUCUCGCUCAAGUUCGACCCUCACCUGGACAGUGGUCGAGGCGGGGCCGAGGUAUGGACAGUGGGCCCCGUGGACAGAGAGGAGCACCGUCAGCUGCUGGUGGGGGUGGUGGUGGCUGACGCGGGCGGGGUGUCCGCCACCCACACAGUCACAGUCAUCGUCGACGACAUCAACGACAACCCCAUGAAGCCUGGAGCCAAGACCGUCUACCUCUGGAAGACCCAGGGCGGCGGGUCGGACGCACCGCUGGGCCGGGUGUUCGUGGACGACCCGGACGACUGGGACCUUGGGGACAAGACGUUCCGCUGGCUGGGGUCCCCACACCCGCUCUUCUCCCUCAACACCAACACUGGUGACCUGUUCGCCUCCAGCCAGGUGAGGGAGGCCAGAUAUGAGCUGCAGUUCGCGGUGAGUGAUCAGCUGUGGGGUCAGCGAGACGUAGAGGCCAACGUGACUGUGGCUGUGAGGAUACUGACGCCCGACGCCCUUGCCCACGCCGCGCCCAUCACCCUCACGCCCACCACUCCCGCCCACCUCGCCAAGGGAUGGACGCCAGAGCAGGGCGGUGGCGGAGUGGGUCAGGUGAUACAAGGUGUGCAGCGGGUGGUGGGUGAGGCCGCCCACACGGUGGAGGUGGUGAGCGUCUCCACCCAUCUGGACCCGACCCACCUGGACCCGACCCACCUGGACCCGAACCACCUGGACCCGACCCACCUGGACCCGGCCUACCAACACGACACACCUCAAGAAACAGCAGACAGACAGUCCCCGGAAGCCAGCGUGUGGAUAAGCAUCAGAGACCGGAAGGGAAGCUUCAUGGAUCCUAUCAAAUUGCAAGGUCUUCUAGCUUUGCACUCACAACAGAUAGAGGCGGCCACCAACUUGACGGUGGUGAUCAAGUCUCCGACCACUUGGUCUGACGGAGUGCCUCUGGGGUUCCGGGAUGACCCAGCCCUCCGUGCAGGCCCGCUUGAUCCCUCCUCGGCCGCCUACCGCGCCUCCACCACCCUACCACUACAGGUGGUGGACAUCAACUCGACAUCUCUGGUGACCCCACGCCUCUCCCACGCCCAUUCCUGCCACGCCCACGAGUACGAGACCUGCACGGCCUCCUCCUGCCUCAACGGUGGGCGUUGUGUGGCCACCUCUACCGGCAACAGGUGCGUGUGUCCAGAAGGGUCGUGGGGGGCGCGGUGCAAAGUGCUGGCCCGCACCUUCACAGGCGACGGGUGGGCGUGGGUCCGCCCGCUGCCUCCCUGCUUCCCUACCACCAUAUCUCUCCGGCUCCUCACACGCCGUCCCCACGCCCUCGUCCUCUAUUCCGGCCCUCUGGCGACCGUCCCACGCCACCCGGACGACCCACCCACGCCCAUGCUUGCUCUACAAGUGUGGCGUGGGCGUCCUCAGCUGCUGCUGGAGGGAGGCGCCGAAGCUCUCAAACUGGAGGUCAACCGCACAGUCAACGACGGUGACUGGCACACCAUCCAUCUUCACCUCCACGCUCACGGCGCGUCUCUGAUGGUAGACCUGUGUGGGCGCCAACAGGACAGUAGCGACGACUCUCAGUGCGUGGCGCGAGGGACCUGGCUCAGCCCUGAGCCCCUGAAGAGGUGGUUUGCCUUAGGUCCCUUGCAAGUAGGAGGACUGGCACACGCGCCUCCAAACCCCGCCCACCACGGAUGGCGUGAAGCACCCACGCCACGCCCACUAGACGGCUGUCUCUCACACCUCACACUCGACCGUCAGCUGGUGGACCUCGGGGAACCCGCCUACAGCUGCGGUAGUAAGGGCGGCUGCCACUUCCAGACGGCGGCGUGUCCGGGUGGCUGUGGGCACCGCGGCCUGUGUGUGGGUGGCAUCAACCACCCAGUGUGUGAGUGUGAUCCAGGGUGGGCGGGGCCCAACUGUGCCACGCCCACCGUUCCUGCCACUUUUGGACCUUCGUCGUUUGUGAAACUGGCGCUGAGCUUCAUGCCGGCGCCACAGAUGGUGAUGGUGCAGCUGCGUCUCAGAACCCGCAGCACGGGACAUGGCCUCCUGCUGCACCUCGCCGCCCACCAACAUUCCCGGGCAUUGACAAUUCAACUGCGGGAUGGAGUGGUUUGCGCGUCGGCCGCAGGGGCGGCGCGGGCGGCGUGCGUGGAGGGGCGGCCGGUGGGUGACGGCGCCUGGCACACCGUCAGGGCGGAGCAUCACGGCCCCAACCUGGUGGUGAGCGUCGACGACGGCGACUUCUGGCGACGCAACGAGACUCUAGUGUCACUAGAGAUGCCCGAGAGAGAAGGGAGCGUCUCCCAGCCUCCCGUCUCCCAGCUAGAUGGGGUGACAUUGGGAGGCUUUCCGGACUUUGUGGGUAUGAGUCUCGCCAGCGUUGUGGACGACCUACAGGACAGCUGUAUCGACGACGUACGUGUCUCAGGCCGUCAGCUGCAGCUGCCGCCAGCUGUGAAUGGCAGCAGGUGGGGUCAGGUGACCAGCUGGCAGGGUCUGGAGCCAGGCUGCACCGCCCCUGAUGCCUGUCUCAAUGCCACCUGCGACGCGCCCCUCUCCUGUGUCUCCACCUGGGGCACCGCCACCUGCAGCUGUGGUCCAGGAGAGCAGGUGGUGGGAAGCGCCUGUGAGGACGUGGACGAGUGCGCAUGGCGGCCCUGCCUGCAUGGCGGCUCCUGCUACAACCUGCGGCCCGGCUUCCAGUGUGUCUGCGGCCCGGGCCACACAGGCGAUCAUUGCCAGUGGACGGAAGUGGCCACCGCGGGCCACCCACUAGCGGCCCCUGUGGCCAUCGCCGCCCUUACAGUGUCACUACUACUUCUGGUGGUGGUGGGCGUGGUGGUGUCCCUGCGGCUGCGCCGUCAGCGGGUCCCCCGGGGAUCGGGAGGACGCCAGAGCGAGGAACAAGGUCUGAGAGCGAAGGCUAAACACGAGGAGAUGGAGGUGUUGACCAGGCUGGGAGACGAGCGCCACCAGGCCCUCCUUCAGGGUCUGCAGCAUGGACCUCCUCCGUCUCUCACCCCGUGCACAGGAGGUGGGGUCGUGUCUGUGAGUGCUGGGGUUGCGGUCAGUGUCGGUGCGGGCGCGCUGGCAGGCAGAGGCGUGGGGGGCUCAGACCCCCUGCCAGCCAAGGACGACCUUCGAGCCUACGCCUACGAGGGAGACGGAUCAUCUGCCGGGUCUCUGUCCUCAGCAUUAUCAGGUCUUCGGGAGGAGCAAUGUGAUACAGAAAACUUUAAACUACUUGUUCCGGAAUUUCUUGAAGUUGUGGAUUUGCUGAAGAACCUUCCCGAUGCAGCCAAAUCCCCCUCACUUGCGUCCAAACUUGAUGAUCAUCGAAGGGGUAAUGCAAAUCCUCCUUUGGCACGAAGGACAGCUGGACAGUCAGGGUCACUGUGUUCCAACGGUGACAAGAUUCCUGCCGCAGUGAGGAGGAACGCAGGAUUAUCUCCUGAAGACACUCAACCGGCAAAUGAUCAGGUUCUCAAGUCGACGUCCCAGGAAGGAGAAGGCAUGACAAUGUGUUGAAUUAAUCAAGUAGGUCCUACAGGUGCAACACUCUACCUGAUCCCAUACGUGAUGGACCUAAGCAACCAGGAAAACAAUACGAUUUUGCUUAAUGGACUUCAGGAAAUGAAUUUCCAAAAUUGAAUUUCGAACUCAAUCAAACUAGUUUCUCUGAUUUGAUUCAAUCACUGCGAUUAUGAAUUACCACGCAGUGCAUAGUCACACGAUGGAAAUAAAGCAUGAUAACCCAAAGAAAAGAUCAGGAAAUACAAAAAAUGCAAUUAAAUUUUUUGUUAGCUAAAUGGAACUUUAAAAGGAACCUCAAAUUUUAGGAUAAAUGUGAAUUGUUUAAAGUAACCUGAAAAUAAAUGUACAAAAUAUGUGUUGUGAAAUAAAGUGUGACCAAGGUAAGGUAAUUAUCGGGGAAAGCACUAAGCCAGUGAGGAGGAAGCACUAAACACUUGUCUACAGCCUAACAACAUAAGCUUUUAAGGGUUGAUAGAUGUUAAUCUUCUUGUU